AUGGAUCGCAACGGAAACGGCGCCGCCCUGGCUUCCAAAUCCAGGGCAGAGCAAUUCGAAGAUGAGAAACGGAGGAUAAUAGAGUCGUGCUUCAACAAGACUGACCCCGAUGGUUCAUUACAAGAAACUUAUAUUACCCAUAUUCGCAUCACCGAAUAUUCAACCCACCCCUCGAACCCGCCUCCCCCUUACUCGCGAACGCCCGAGGUCGAGAAGCCACGAAUUAUCAUCGUCGCCGUCCGAAAGUCGGGACGAGUCCGCAUGCAUAAGUCCAAGGAAAACUCGAACGGCACCUUUUCUAUUGGUAAGACGUGGAACCUCGACGACCUGAGUCAUAUUCAAUCCUACACGGGCCCGACGGUGGACGCGAACCUGAGGCAAUGGGCCGGCGAUACGGGGUUUCUCGUAACCAUACAAAAACCGUAUUUCUGGAAUGCCCAGACCGACAAGGAGAAGAAGUUCUUCAUCGCCAGCCUAGUCAAGAUCUACGGCAAAUAUACCAAUGGCAAGACCCCCGAACUUUCCGGCUUCGAUCCGCGCGAACUCGACCAGGUGCUCGGACGACGACCGCCCCCGGUUCGAAUGCCGCCGAGCGAGAAUACGGCUCAACGAAACGCCUCGGGCGGGCCCAGGACACCGGUUAUGCCCCCUCAGCCUUCACCAACUAUGAGUCGAAGCGCAUUCCCCCCUACCGGCAAAAGUUCACCGGCUGGUAGCUUCGAUUCGUCACGGUCUCAAAACCAAGCGGCAUUGCGACGACUGGCCGGGAGCGAUAGGAGCCAGGAUUCGCUAGUGAACAAUAACAGCAACAGUUCUUUCAAUGCACCACCACCUCGUGGCGAUGAAGCGUCUCCUCGCCCUCCACGAUCCCGGGGAGGAAUGGCUGGCCCUGGUGCCUAUGGCCGUUUCGGUGACCCAUCCCCAGAGCCAGCCGCUCUUCUUCCUACGGAGAGGCCGCCGCCGGAGAGGAGACGCCCACCGAUUGACCUAGGACGCCCGCAGCAGUUCGCCGAUCGAGACCUAGUCCCUGCCCCUUUGAUGAGCCCUGGUAUGAAGAGAGAUCCUGUAGUCCCACCGCCGCGCAGCACGGACCGUAUGUCGCCGAGGAAUAAUUCCAUGUCUCAGAGGUCAGAUACUAGCUCCCUCAGGGAACGAUCCUUUUCCAGCCAGAAAGAACCUCCUCGCAGAGAAGAUACAGCAGGCAGUCUCAAGAGUCCAUCCCAAUCUUCGUUUUUGCGGACAUCUCAAAACGUAGAACCUCCAGUGCGCUCAGAGUCCCCUGCUCCCAUGGAACCAGAAGAAACACGGCCUGGACUGAACCCCAUGAUCAAACCAAGAAAGGCUAACCCCGAACCAACUCCAACCCCACCACCACCUCCACCGGAAGAGCCGAGCGAGACUCGCCCCGGACUUGGUCCUAUGAUCAAGCCAAGGAGGUUUAAUACGGAACCUACAUCUCAGGGAGAGCAAGAAGAAUCCCGGCCCGGUCUCGGACCCAUGAUCAAGGCCAAGCGAUCGAAAGGAGACAUUGCUGGCUCUUUAUGGAAAGCUGCCGCCGUCGCUGGUGCCUUCAAGCCUCGCCCGGGUGGUGCAGGCGAACGACUACGUUUGGCCCAGAAUAAAAGUGACGACGGCCCCGAUGGUAUUACCAGCGUUGUUCCCGCGCCACCGCGCCCCGCACCGCCUCCUGAGCCAGUACCAGCAGAGCCCGAACAUCCCAAACCUCCCAAGUCCGAGGAUAGGAGGACGCCGAGUGUGCCUGAAGUCAAAGUUACGGUCCCCCAGUCCAGUCGGCCCAAUAGCCUCCAGUCAUCCGUCAAGGACAAUCGGCAGAGUAUUGAGGAGAAGACACCGCCGAAAGCGGACCAGCAGCCUGCCCAAGAGGAAGAGCGGCGAGCAAUUCUCGCCGGGAACGAUGCCAAAUACCUCGCCACACUUGGUGUCGACCCGACCCAGAUUCCGGGGCUAUUGGAGAACCCUAAGAGCGUGCAGCUUAGAGAAUGGAUGGAUGUAGCUGGCUUUGUCCCCGGAGAUCAGAUGCGCUCUUGCACAUGGGACAAGAUGAAGAGUGAUCUUGACCGCGAGCUGGACAAGGCUCAGGCUGGUGGCUGGCUUUCCCGAUUUAAGGACGAAGAUGAGCGCAUCGAUGCGAUUAAGGAGGGAAUAGACCAGGUUAUUGCUGAAUGCGAGCAGCUUGAUGACCUUUUGACGCUGUACAGCGCUGGUCUCGGCACCAUCACUGGAGAUAUCGAUUACUUGGAGGCGCAAGCUGAGGGUAUUCAGGUUCAGGUUGCGAAUCAGAAAGCCCUCCAGAACGAACUCCGAAUGCUCACAGACACAUGCGCCCUGGAUAGAGACUGGAAUGUGGAGCCUCUGCGACGGGCGCCGCUAGAAAAGGUCAACGGCCUCGCAGAUAUCGAGGAGAGCCUCCUUCGACUUUACAAGACAAUGCGGAAGAUUGACCCAUCCCUCUGCGGGUACGACGGCAAAGACAAGUCGGGCGGCAUGGGCUCUGACCUUGGCGCCCUGGCGGACGAUCUAGAACUCGCGGCUGCCUUGGGGCUCGACGCCGAUCCUACAAGCGGCCUGACGAGUAGCUACGGAAGGAUGCGCAUCGUUCAAGAGAAGAAAGAGGUCUGCUUACAAGAGAGCAACAUAUUUAUUAAUCGAUUCCUUCGGCAGAUGGAAACGGAAUUCGACGUUGCCUUUGCAAGCACGAGAAAUAUGCUGGAGCGGGCACUCUCCCGCAAGUCCGAUAAGGAAAUCUACCAGACUCACCGACGAUACCUUUGGAAAUACUGCAGCCUCACGUUAUAUGCCCGAGACAUUCAUCUCGAUGGCUGGGAAACUUUGCUGCAAAAGUAUCACGAGCAAGGAAACCCACUAUUCAGGCCCUUCUUUGGUGGCAUAAUCGAGUCCUGGAAGGGUUAUGCCAAGAAGGCGACCGGCGAGGAGGCCGAGCUGCUGUUCACCCACCAGCCAGAGAAGCAACACGAGGGCCUAGCUACUGCGGCACGAAAGCUGACGGUGAAGCGUAGUCAAACUCUGGCCGGUCGCUUCAGGUCUGACGCAGUCAAAAAUAUCGUAGCUGACAAGAGCACCGAUAACAAGAGCCAGUCGUACGAAGUGUUCCGAAAUGUCCUGGAUGAUAUUAUUCCCUUAGUCGAGAUGGAGCACAAUUUCGUCAUCGACUUCUUCCACGCGACGACUCUUGAGCAGAUCAGCUUCGAAGAUUAUCUCGCGGCGAAUCCUCCUGUACAAGACCGCAAGGCUCCCGACCACGAAUGGCUAGGGUUCCGUCGCAUGGAGCCGGACCGCGAAAUGGCACGCAGAGUGACGAAGACUAUGGAGGGCAUGUUCUCGUUCCUUGAGGGAGACUUGCAGAAGCUCGUCGAUUGGGUCGUUUUCAACAAUCCACUUCACGCAAUCGGCGUAUUGGCAUCCCUUGAAAUUAAGGCAGAGUCCCUGAGUGGUUCGAACCAGGAAUUCCUCAACGCCCUUCUCCAGAAGAUCCGAUCCGCCCUCGAGGCCCGAUUUAGGAAGUUUGUCGACGAGCAAGUUCGCGCCAUCGAGGAGACAAAGGUCAAGAUGGUCAAGAAGCGACGAGGUGUCAUCCACUUCUUCAGAGUGUUCCCUCACUUUGCCGUGGCCGUUGAGAACAUCAUGGCCGCAUUCCAAUCUGGCGCUAUCGACGUUCGGCAUAUGGUCAAUGAAGAGUACAGCCGCGUUCUGAAGGCCAUGUUCGACGCGCUCAAGGUCAUCGCGAGGGAGAGCAAGGGUGUUGGAGUGUCCGCCAGCACCAACGACCCCGAGGACAAGGAAGCCCUCAACUACCAUAUUCUCCUGAUCGAGAACCUGAGCUACUUUAUCGAGGAGAUGGGCGACCACGACGUAGACGUCCUCGCGGAUAGAAAACACGAGGCGCUGCAAGAGUACAACAAGCACCUGGACCAGUACCUGUCGUCCAUCAUGCGUCGACCCCUCGGCAAGCUCCUCGAUUACCUCGAAAAUGUCGAGGCGCAGCUCCAGGCCCUCAAGGCACCCGACAAGAUUGCUCUUCAGCCAUCCAAUUCCAAGAGCGUCUUCAACAAGGUCCUCAGCGUGUACGACGCCAAGGAAGUACGGAAGGGUAUCGAGGCCCUGAGGAAGCGCGUCGAGAAACACUUUGGUGAGGCGGACGAACCUGGGGUUGGCGGCGGAAAGGAGCUCGUGGACAAGGUUACGGAGGAGUGUGAGAAGUACUAUGGGAAGGUGGAGUUACGAAUUGCGACGAUUACGGCUGAAGUAUACGGUGGGGAUGUCUUGUUCGAGUGGCCACGGGCGGAGGUUAGGAGUGCAUUUGCUGCAAGGUGA